AUGGUCAGAAACAAGCAGACCGCCCGCAAGAGCACCUGUGGGCUGCUGCAUCCGAUCCAUCACCCGCAGGAGGUGUUUGACCAAGAGGGGUCCGAUCAGAUGGAGCCCAAGUACGUGAUACUCGAGGAUGACGACAACUACUACUACAACCAUCCAGACAGAGGGUGGGUGGACAUGAACACUGGGGAGGAGCCCAUGGAGUUGCCCGAGGACCAUCCUCAGGUCUCAAGUGGCAGCAAUGAGGGCCCUACAGGAGGAGACGGUGCCGAUCCAGGUGCCGCAGACGGAGAUGAGAAUGACGAUGGUGACGACAACUCAGGUGCACCCGAUGGUGGUGACGAUGACCCAGAUGAUGAUCUAGAGCCAGCCGCCGCCACAAGCCUACCGCCACCUAAGCCCCAUUAUGAGAAGUAG